AUGCCGAACGUGCAACCGGCAUGUCUCAAAUGUACAAGCACAGGCAGGCAAUGCGAUGGCUACCUGCAGGUCAUCGAUAAGAGGACGCGAGAAUGGCGUAAUUCCGAAGCCAAUGCUCUCAUCAAUUACCACCAAAAAACAGCUGUACAAAGCAGAUCCAGCCUACCAAUCGACCCAUCUGCCGCUUCUAUUCCGAUUCCCUUGAGCAGUGUCCACCAGAACGAUCUCACUUGGAACGAGCGAUGGCAUUUGGAUUUCUACCGCAAACGCACGGCGGUUCGAUGUUCGCAAUACUUCCAAAACUCAUUCUGGGAUGGCUUAGUCCUUCAGAUAUGUGAACAGCAUCCUGCUGUCCGCCAUGCUGCGAUUGCUAUUGGUGCAUAUCAUCAUCAGUUUGAACGAGUCCAACCGAGCCCUGUUGAAAAACGGGAAAAUUUUCUGGCUCUUCAUCAUUCUACGCAAGCGAUCACCUGCCUUCGAGAAAGUCUCGCUCGGGAAUUGUUACUACGGGAGAAGUCAAGCCGAACACACAAACAUGUGGUGCUCGUCACUUGCGUCAUUUUGACCACCCUUGCUAUGUUCCAGGGCAAUUUCGCUGCUUCUCGUUAUCACCUUGUUUCAGGAUAUAAACUUUUCAAAGAAUGGGACAUCGACAAAGAUGAAGGUCCCGCUGGCAUGGCACUGAGACAGUUGUUUGCUCAGAUCCAUGUCCAUUGGUCUAUUUGCACUUAUCCCGAGCUAUUGGCAGAGGAUCCCGAACUCUUUCAUGAUGAGCACUGGGUCUCGCCGAACACUGCAGUGGCUCCACCAAAAAUUAUGACUCCGCCUUCCACUGGUAUUAACCAAAUGCACCGUGUUGAGCAAUUUGUGGUGGUUGUCGGGCGCCUGAUCCUCGAGAGCUCUCCUAGUGGAUUUAGCAUUGAACCUGCAGGCUCUAUCGGGCGUGGCGCAGCCGUGGCAUUGAGGAAGCUUCGGCUCUGGGGAAGUCGUCUUAUGGCUUCUCUAGUUGAGGCCAAGAGUCUAGCACCGGAUGACUGCGAUACGCUUAAACUCAUCGCAUUAUGGGGCGGGAUCAUUGAUAUCAAGCUGGCUGUGGCCUCGAGUCGCAACCCAAAUGAGAUGACAUAUGAUCGUUAUUUAGACCGGUUCCAGCGUAUUACAGAAUUGGCACAUAUCCUGGCAGGGUCAGGCUCUAAUGAUGUCCCAUUGUCGAUAUUUGUCUACAGAGCUUCUUUGCUGCCUGCGAUUUUGUGGUCUGCGGCCAAAUGUCGCAAUUGGCAAGUGCGUCGUGACAUAUGUUCUUUAUUGGAUGAGUGGACAGGAAAGGACUACUGGGUAUCUGCGACAACUCUGUCCUUGAAGAGAUUGGUCCAUGUGGAGUCAGAUGGGGUGAGGCAGGGUAAUAUCAUCCCUGAAAGUGCUCGGGUCGACUGUAUCGACGUGAAGAUCCGAACCGAGGAAUCCAAAGUUGAACUUCGAUAUCACAGGCCAUCGCACCCUGAGAAGGAUUGUGACAAUUUUAAGGACGAGUCAAUGUAUUAUUAA